GGGGCUCUGCUCGGUUCCGCGCUGCGCCGAAACUACGACUCGUCCAACAUGGCUGGCCAGGAAGAUCCAGUGCAACGGGAGAUUCACCAGGAUUGGGCGAAUCGAGAGUAUAUCGAAGUCAUUACGAGCAGCAUUAAAAAAAUCGCCGACUUUCUUAACUCAUUCGAUAUGUCGUGUCGAUCCCGCUUGGCCACCCUCAAUGAGAAGCUGACGGCUUUGGAGAGGAGGAUUGAAUAUAUUGAGGCGAGAGUGACGAAAGGAGAGACCUUGACCUAGAAAUCAUUAUGGAAAUUCAUAGUAUCCCAGAGUUACCUGUCCACCCCCCUGCCUAAUUUUUGGAAAACGUCUGAUGGAAUUCCACCCUCCUUUUUAUGGGACCAUGUGGACCAUUUUUAUAUUUUAUGGAGUUUUGUGUUGUUUUGCCUCAUGACAAUUUUGUAUAGAACAUAUGGGCCUGCCUUGGGUGUUGACUCAAGAAUCAUCAAUGUGGGAAAAACAAAAAAAAAUAAGCUCAAAGAAUUAGUUUGAAAAGAAAAUGGAGCUCAAUUACGGACCAGUAUCAACGCAACUUUUGAACAUCUGUGUUGUAUGCAUUGUCAUUACCACCUUUAUAGAUUUGUGAAAGGGGAACAUCCUUGUGUGCCAAGUUGAACAAUUAAUUGUGUAGUCAUCUUUAUUGAGGACAUGCUUGUAACGUGAACUGUUUGGUAAUGUUCCACGAUUUAAUAACUGUAAUAAAUACUGAACAAUGA